AUAGUUGUUGCGAUAAAACGCGACCGGAAGGAGCGCUCGUGGCGGCAGCUUUAAUUUGAAACUGCUAAGGGAAAGUGCCUUUUGUAAUUCGCGUUUCUUGACGCUUCGGCGGGCAACGUUACAACUGAUGAGCUGCAACGGCAUAGUUGCUAUUUGUUAAAUGAGAACCACUUCUAUAAGAGGCCUUUUACCGCAUAUGUCAUUGGUGUGAUUAGCUUGUUGACACACUGAAACAAGAUGUUUGGCUUCCACAAGCCGAAGAUGUACCGGAGCAUAGACGGCUGCUGCAUCUGCAGAGCCAAGUCAUCCAGCUCCCGUUUCACUGACAGCAAGCGCUAUGAGACGGACUUCAAGAGCUGCUUCGGGUUGGGUGAGUUGCGUUGUGGGGACAUCUGUAAUGCCUGUGUCCUCCUGGUCAAAAGAUGGAAAAAACUUCCAGCUGGAUCAAAGAAGAACUGGAAUCAUGUGGUCGAUGCAAAGGCUGGGUCGAGCAUGAAGGCCACGCUGAGGACGAAGAAGAUGAAGAAGAAGCUUCGGCCAAGCGAGAUUAGUCGGGUACAGAGUGAGCUGAAGAGAAACAACUCAGAUGCCCACAGCACCACCUCCAGCGCAUCGCCCGCUCAGUCACCUAGCUACAGCAACCAAUCAGACGAGGGCUCAGACACAGAGCUCUCACCUGGACCUUCCCCAGCCUUCUCCUUCUUGGACCUCAAAUACUGGAAAAGACAGAAGGUGUGCUGUGGGAUCGUGUACAAAGGACGCUACGGCGAGGUCAUCAUCGAUCCCCACCUGUACAAGCCCUGCUGUCAGAGGAAACCAAAACAGGAAGAAAGUGAGGAGAUGGAGGAGGAGGAGGAGGAAGAGCAGGCAGCAGGAAAAAACGCUGUGAGCAUGUCACCAACCCCCAUACCUGAACAAAAAGAGGUGGAGGAGAAAGAGGAGGAGACCUCUGAAGUUCACCCUUUACUCGUAGGAUGGAGCCAUGAGUUGUAAAGCUCCUCGUGCUCUUUGCCUUUCCUCUCCGUUGACUCAUCAAGCAGUAUUCUCAAAUUAAUGUCUCUACUAUAUUCUCUCAAGUAGGAUCUUAACUGAUCUAUUCACUAUCCAUGCACUUCCAUGUGGACAUCUUUUAUUAAAAAUGUGCAGCAAGCUCAGUGUUUUUGUGAGCUACUGUUGCUGGAGAGCUAACUGGUAGCAUCCUAGCACUAGACAGCCACAACACCCCAUCAGUCACUGGCCACACAUUUUUCAAAAUGUUUAAACAAAGGGGGACUGACAUGUUAUUUGUUACAAAAAAAAAAUAAUACACAACUGAGGCAGUCUAACACUAAAAGACAACAAUAAUGAUAGACAAGCUAACUGACUGUAAACAGUGGAUCAGUGCACUUUAAGAACAUCUUCUGUAGGAGUACAUUGCAUGUUGCAUUCCAUACACUAUGGAUUUUGAAUUUGGACACUAUUACAUUUGAAUAUUUUCCAGUAUUUGAACAUGAAGUUCAGAGGUUGACAGCCCCACUGGAUAAUAAGUUAACAGUAUGUUUAAGAUUCCUGUUGUAUUUCUACCACCAGCUCUUUGUGUCAGUUCCUCCAUCUAGAGUCUGGGGGACUUCAUUCCCUCAGACCAUCAGCACUGGAAACAGUUCAUGCAAAAGCUCAAUGUGUAUUUCCUAGAAACUAAUUGCAAUGAUUGAGUUGAAAUGAAGUGAUUUUUGUCCCAAUCAUUACUGAUGUGAUUGAGCUUCAAGUCUUUCAUACACACCUGUCUUAAAGUAUUUUUUUUAAGACAGUGAACCAGCUACUUCCAAGUUAUCAUGUGACACACUCCUCGAUAAAGAGCACACAAAUGCCAUUUCCACAUGGACGAGCAUCAGCGUUAACACUGUAUUUUAAUAAUAUAUACAUUUCUGAAGCUGAUACAAGUAGAAUAAUAGUUAGGUGCCUCUUUACCAAAAAUUUCUUACGUUUCCUUGUUGCACAUAGCGCUCAUGUCCAGGUUAAACUUGUAAAUAAUCAAUCAUUGUUACAAAGGACAGGUUCAUGGUGCACAUUCAUAGAGAGCACAGACAAAUAUUCAGGGAGGCUUCCAGAUCUCAGCACCAGCCCACAUGCUGUCAUUUGAUACGGUCAAGUGAACCAUUAUAAGCUAAAUAAACCUCAGGAAGAUUGUGGCAACAACACAAUGAAACACUGGUGGAGACGCUGUCGUUGCUACUCUUCAGCAGCUCUUCUCGUCAUGCUGGAAAGGGCUCAGUAGUUAUUUAUGUUCUAAUGUCAUAAAAUAAGCCCUGUCCUCCUGCAGACCAAAAGAGCUGUGAGGAUUUGCCCUUUCAUUAUUAAGAGUUUUGUUUGGUUUCAAAGGAAAGUUUAAUUUAAGUUCUCUUGCUGUUUGCAGAACUCACUUUACACAAAGCUAGGAGUAUUUUGCAUGAGCUUUCUACACCAUGUUUUUUGUCUGACUUUGUUGGUAUGAUGUUGUAAAGGUUGAAUUUAUAUUUUUGUACAUAAAUUAAUAAAUGAAAACAAGCAUCUGUCCAGUUCCAGAUUUAACGUCCUCCGUUUGAAUCAUGUCAUGGAACUUGAAUUAAAUAUUACACAAUAGAAAUUUUAGGUAGAACCAUACCUUACAGGUGUGUCCAUUCAGAUUUCAGGGAUACUGGACACACUGUUUGCAUUUCCUUGGAGUCUCUUUUUGUUUUUGUUUUUUUUUGUUUUUUUGUAAUUUUCUGCUGUUGUUCAUUUCCAACUUAAAACUGUCCACAGAUAUUUGAAACUUUGUAAUAUUUCCUGUCAGAGUGCAGCACUACACUCAAUCAAGUUUUACUGCAUCAAACCAUAUUUUCAGUGCUGCUCAGUUCGCUGAGGACCACUACAGGAGCUUAACAAUGUAUUUAAUUUAGUCUACUCCACAAAACUGACUGUAGCACCACAGACACAGCAGCCGCUUUAGUAACAGAGCCUUAUUCUCAGCACUGAAACAUGUUUUCUUUUUUUUUCUUUUAAGAAACUUUAUAUUUAAAGGAUGAAGGUGUCUGGUGUGACUUUAUAUGUGGGAUCGAUUUGUUUAAAAAUCUAUAUUAACUUAUCCUUGAAAUGUUAUUUUCACUACACUGAAAUUCAUUGCUCUUUUUGGACAUGGGUACAUUUCAGGGUGUCUGUUCGAUGCUGCCAUAUAGACUAAACACCGUGGAUAUGAUUGUAUUAAAACUCUAUAUUAUAUUUGUUCUUGUAUUUAACAUUGUAUUCACUAGUUCUAGUUUAGAGAGAUUCUUGUACUCCUGGUUGGGUAGGGAUGCAACAUGGAUGUAGAGUUUGUUUGUUUGUUGUUAGUUACAUUAGCAUGUGAUGUAGGUCUGCACUUAAGUCUAUAAGAUAUUUUUGUAGUCUGUCCAUAUCUGAUUGUUCUGCAGAGAGACACAUUACUGUUCAUUUCUAAAGGUAAAGUUUGUAUUUUUAUACACACUUGUAAUUUCUACUUGUUCAAUAAAUGUCAGUUGUUGUGUUUGA